AUGCCUCCGAACCGCUACGCCUGGACUCUCCUGUUUUCGGUGACUUUCCUGGAGCUGAUCUGCUGGGUGCCAGACUGUUCCGGGGCUCAGGGCAAGUUUGCCUACAAGCUGCUCAAAGACCUGUUUGCCAACUACUCCAAUGCUCUGCGGCCAGUGGAAGACACGGACCGCGCCCUCAACGUCACUCUCCAAGUCACGCUUUCCCAGAUCAUCGACAUGGAUGAGAGGAACCAGAUCUUGACAGCUUACCUGUGGAUCCGGCAGGUCUGGGUAGACGCCUACCUCACCUGGGACAAGGAAGCUUAUGACGGCAUCGACUCCAUCCGCAUACCGAGCAGCUACGUCUGGAGGCCGGACAUCGUCCUCUACAACAAUGCCGACGAGCAGUUCUCGGGCUCCAUGGAGACCAACGUGAUGAUCCGCCACGACGGGCAGAUCCGGUGGGACUCCCCGGCCAUCACCAAGAGCUCCUGCAAGGUGGACGUCUCCUACUUCCCCUUCGACGGGCAGCAGUGCCGCCUGACCUUCGGCUCCUGGACGUACAACGGCAACCAGGUGGACCUCCUCAACAAGCAGGACACGGGGGACCUGACGGACUUUGUGGAGAACGUGGAGUGGGAGGUGCUGGGUAUGCCGGCCCGGAGGAACGUCAUCGUCUACGGCUGCUGCUCCGAGCCCUACCCCGACGUCACCUACACGCUGGUGCUCCAGAGGCGGGCCUCCUUCUACGUCUUCAACCUCCUCCUCCCCUGCAUCAUGAUCUCCUUCCUGGCGCCCCUGGGCUUCUACCUCCCGGCCGACUCCGGAGAGAAGGUCUCCCUGGGGGUCACGGUCCUCCUGGCUCUGACCGUGUUCCAGCUGCUGGUGGCCGAGAGCAUGCCCCCCUCGGAGAACGUGCCCCUCAUUGGCAAGUACUACAUCGCCACCAUGACACUGAUCACGGCUUCCACCGCCUUGACCAUCUUCAUCAUGAACAUCCACCACUGCGGCCCGGGCGCCAAACCCCUCCCCCGGUGGGCCAGGAGGCUCAUCCUGCACCACAUGGCCCGCAUCUUCUUUGUCUACGAGGUUGGGGAGAGCUGCCAGAGCCCCCGGCCAGAGCCGGACCGCCUCCCCCCGGCCCAGCUGGGCGGUGGGGAAGGGCGGGAGGCGCCCAGCUGUGUCAAGAGCCGGUGCCUCUGCCACCACGGCAGCAUCCUCAGGAACGUGGAGUACAUUGCCAACUGCUUCCGGGACCAGAAGGCGGCUCAGAAACGGACCGGGGAGUGGAAGAAGGUGGCCAAAGUGAUGGACCGCUUCUUCAUGUGGGUGUUCUUCGCCAUGGUCUUCAUCAUGAGCGUCCUCAUCAUGGGCCAGGCCGCCUGA